CUGCUGUCACCAAACUGUCAAAACAUUUUUGGGGUUAUAAGUUGUUUAUUUUUUGGCUUUUCUGCUCAAGAAAUGACUUUGGAGACAAUCCCGAAAGACCUUCGUGGUCUGCGGGCUUGUCUAGUGUGCUCUCUAAUAAAAUCUUUUGAUCAGUUCGAGUACGACGGUUGCGAUAAUUGCGAUUUUCUCCGGAUGAAAGGCAACCGAGACAACGUGUACGACUGCACAAGCUCUAAUUUUGACGGAAUGAUCGCUGCGAUGAGUCCAGACGACAGUUGGGUUUGUAAAUGGCAAAGAAUCAACCGGUUUUGUAAGGGUGUGUAUGCCAUUUCGGUGUCAGGACGACUACCAGCAGGAAUUAUAAGAGAAAUGAAAAGUCGGGGGAUUGUCUACAGACCAAGAGACACAAGUCAACGAUGAAAACUUAAUUCUAGAUAUUGUAAUCAUUAAUUUGAAAUAAACUUUUAUUUACAAGCAAA